GCAUCCACAGCGACAAUGUCAACCCCAAAUAACCCCUCGAGUGGCCCAGCCCCGACGAAGGGCCCAAUGAAGCUUCGUCGCAGGGUAGCGGAUCCAUUGGUUCGUCCUAAGAAAAAGCCUGUUCGACCGGCAGAAAUGGCCUCGGGCAUGGCUCCUGGAGGAGCACCCGGCAGAACAGCGACGAAGACAGUCCCCUUUCCAAAAAGCUCUUCGAAUGCUUCCGGAACCAUGCGUCCUGCUCCACCCAGUGAGGAACAAGCUGUCAAUGGAUUCAGCGGUCCUUUACUCUGCGAGAAGUACGUUGAUUACCCGGUUGUCAUGACAAAGCGCUCGCUACGUGAGGCCAUCAAGCACCAUAUUGCCCGAUUCUCCUCAAAAAAACGCGUUGAUCCGCGUGAUGAAUCCCAGUUCACACGACCUGUGAGGCUGCAGCGCCGAGAUCCACGCUCGCGGAACCAAGAAUCCAAUGCUGAGAAAAUGGUCGGUCCAGAUGGCCAACAACUUGACGAGGCAGACCGGGAGGCCCUGGAUGCUCGGAGGGCCGCGCGAGAGAAGGAACGUGCCGAGAACUUGGCUCAAAUUGCUCCCUCGGUUGGCUCGACCUCAAAGCGUCAAAACGCCCCUAAACAAAAGACCCAGCAAGUCUACAAAUCGGAUCUCACGCCCGAUGAGAUAUCCAAAGCUCGGAUCAAGUACGAGGAAGCGCUCCCUUGGCACUUGGAGGAUUUUGACAACAAGAACGUUUGGGUCGGCAACUAUGAAGCGGCCCUAUCGGAAACGCAUGCUAUCUUUGUUCUCGAAGACGGUAAGAUGCGAGUAAUUCCUGUUCAAAAAUGGUACAAAUUUACUGCCAAGAGCCACUUCACACCCUUGUCAAUCGAGGAAGCGGAGAAAAUCAUGGCCAAACGGACCAAAGAUCCCCGCUGGUUUAUGGAGAAGCAGAAACAGAUGGCAAAAGAAAAACAGGAGCAAGAAUGGGCCAAGCAGCGCAAAGUUUGGUCCGGGCCAAAAGUAAGACCCGACCGAGGCGAGGGUCUAGAGCUGGCCGGCAUGGAUUUCGAAGACGACCAAUUCGCCGAUGACGAAGACCAAUAUGAUCUAUUCAAUGACGAAGAUGAAGACGCCAAGGCCGCCCAAGCACGAAUCAAAGCAGACCAAUUGAAGGCCAAUGUUUUUGACCUCAAGGAUGAAAAAGACUAUGAUCUUGAGGAAGCGCGGGAGAAGCGGGAGCGGGAAGCUCGUCAUCGCCUGGGGAAGAAGGUGCGAAAGGCGUUGAAGAAACGGGAGAAGAAUUACGAUUACAGCAGUGGAUCUGAUUACAACCCAUACUCUGAUGACGAUGAAAGCUCUGAUGAUAGCGAGGCUGAGAGACUUAAGGAGGAGGAGCGCAAGGCUGAAGAAGAGAAAACCCGCAAGGCCGAAGAAGAGAAGAAUCAGAAAGAAUCGGCCUCGUCGACUAAAGGCAGCAAUACACCAUCAGGCCAGGCGAAGCAGAUUGACCCUUUGAAGAAGAACCGCAAGCGACAGGGUUCGCCAGGAUCUGAUGCUAGUGGCACGGAUACCUCGCGAAAGAAGCGUAAGAAUAAGCCAAUGGCCUCGCAGUCGCAGUCGCAGUCGCAGUCAAGCCCUCAGCCAACCUCGCGGCCGAUUUCCCCGGGGGGAGCUAGUAAGAAAAGGGCUCGAAACCUUCAAUUGGGUGGUUCUGGAUCGGGCAGUGACGUUGAAGCUGCUGCAGGCUCCGGAGCGGAAAUGAGCGAGAGUGGCAUAAAGAAGAAGUUGAAACUGAACCCGCCCAACAAUGUUUCCCGCGGAGGUACACCAUCUGGAUCGCGAGCUGCCAGUCCGGUUGCUGGAGGCCCCAGCUUCUCUGGUAGCCGCGCCAGUAGCCCCGAAGGAACACGAGGCCUCGGCCGUACAUCGACCCCAGUCCCAUCUGGAAAAACUAGUGGAGCUUACCCCACACACGCGGAGGUCCAUGCUGCGAUCCCAGCCACGGGCAUUGGCAGUAGCCACCUUCUUCGUAUCUUCCGUCAUCGCCUUGGAGAUAAUCAUAAACGGUUCAUCGACAUUGUUAAGGACGUUAGCAUCUACGGGGCCGACAAAUUGCUUCGACCUGCACCUCGAAAGGAAGAAUGGAAUUAG